AAAGACCCAGCUGGGCGUCCUGCUCGUGGCGCGAAGGCUGAGGUCACCUGCAGGGUGGAGCAUCCUGGAUGCUGUGCUUAGUAGUGGCGUGUUCCGGAAAGAUCAGUUCAACCUCCCGCUGUGCUCCCCACCGCUCUUGCGAUGCACUCUCUCAACCAGGAAAUCAAAGCAUUCUCCCGGAAUAACCUCAGGAAGCAAUGCACCAGGGUAACCACGCUAACUGGGAAGAAAGUUAUAGAAACAUGGAAAGAUGCCAAAAUCCACGUCGUGGAAGAAGUGGAGCCAAAUGGAGGGGAUGAUUGCGGUUACGUGCAGGACCAUAGCUUGGAUCUGCAGGUUGGCGUUGUGAAGCCUUGGUUGCUUCUAGGUUCACAAGAUGCUGCUCAUGAUCUGGAUAUACUGAGAAAGUACAAGGUGACUCAUAUUCUCAAUGUUGCAUAUGGAAUUGAGAAUGCUUUCCUCAGUGAGUUUACAUAUAAGAACAUUUCUAUCAUGGAUUUGCCUGAGACCGAUAUCCUGUCUUAUUUUCCAGAAUGCUUUGAAUUUAUUGAACAAGCAAAAAUGAAGGAUGGUGUUGUUCUUGUUCAUUGUAAUGCAGGAGUUUCCAGGGCUGCCACAAUUGUAAUAGGCUUCCUGAUGCAUUCUGAAGAAAUCUCCUUUACUGGUGCAUUUUCUUUGGUGAAAAAUGCAAGACCUUCCAUAUGUCCAAAUUCUGGCUUCAUGGAGCAGCUUCGUACCUAUCAAGAGUGCAAGGAGAGCAAUUUGUGUGAAGACACACCAGAAUUGGGAAAGAACAACAGCUCAUGACCUUCAUUCUAACAGAUGAUGAACAAUUGCAAUUUCUGAAUUGG